CAGUGCGGACAAUCACCAUGGUUAUUCUGACGCCUUUGCUGCUGCUGGCCUGUGCCACAGGUUUCUCCCACUCGAUGCUCUACAAACUGAAUCCUGAAGAGAAAUACGAGGCAGAUCUUGUGCCCGUCUCCUCCACCGUGAUUCCGCUGACUGUGCUGGAGGUGAGCUACGGAGCAGGUGGAAAGCCCAGCGAGGAGUACAAGGCGGCCUACCUCCGCAAGCUGCGCAAACAGGUCCUGCAGCGGGCCGACAAGGACCGGCAAGCCGACGAGGACGACGAGGUGCCCACUGUGCUUGGUCUGUCCGAUUCCCAGGCCCCCGCUCCCACCGAUGCAGACGCUCUGAUUACCGUGAAAUCGCAGCAGCUGGAGAAGGCCAAAGUCAAGGCUGUCUGAACGGCGCAGGUGGACCAGUCCCAGUCUCAGUCUUCAAGCUGAUGUCAUGGCGUGCUUGGA